UGUUGGAAGUGCGACAGAGAUAGUUCCGUUGAGCUCCGUGAGAGCAAAGCGAGAAAAAGAUGGUCUCGCCUGUUUUAAGAAUAUACAAAUAUCUGUCAACUGCAGCGUAAAAUAUUAUUUUUGAUAGAUGGUAAUAGUAAAAUAACGUAAAAACUAUUUUUCUUUCGUACAGUCUACGAUUUAUUCUACUUUUUAAACUCCAAAAUUCAUUGAUCUCAAGAUAACAUAACGUAGUUUUUUUUUAAUCCAAAAUAAAGCAAAAUAACCUUCAACUUACUACGCAGCCGAACAGUGGAAUAGAGUGAUCCGGCGAAUUGUAGAGAGUAGGGGAUAUCAAGUCUUUCAACCGGACAUAAUAUAAAAGCUGACAAUUUAGUAGAUAUCCUAGUGAGUGUGUUACAUCAGCAGUUCAAGCCAAGUAUUUAAUCGGCUAAUUUUAUCUAUCAGAAACAUCACCGUUUUGGGCUACUUCCAUUAGCUUUUCUAAUUUCGACAUUAACCUUUCAUUAAUUAUUCAAAUUCUGGACUUUCGGCAAUUCUAGAUUAAAAUUGUUUAAAAAAAAAGAAAAUGCCUGAUCAAUUAGAAGCAUUAAAGAAGGCAACGUUUGGAAUGGGUUGUUUUUGGGCAUGUGACGCUCUUUUUGGAGUGGCUCCCGGUGUAACAAGAACACGUGUUGGAUAUGCCGGUGGCACCAAGCCAUCUCCAACAUACAAAAACAUUGGUGAUCAUACGGAAGUUGUUGAGAUUGAAUAUGAUCCGAAAACAGCAUCUUUUUCUCAAUUAUUGAGUUUAUUUUGGAAUAAUCAUGAAUAUGGACUGACCAAAAAAAUAAAAGCUCAGUACGCAUCGUUAAUUCUCUACCACGACGAUGAACAGAAAAUAGAGGCAGAGAAGUCCCUUUCAGAAGAACAAAAUAAACAGGGAAAAAAUUUUACAACACAGAUAAAAAAUUUCGACAAAUUUUAUCCGGCUGAAGACUAUCAUCAAAAAUAUCGUUUGCAAUUGCACACUUAUCUCGUUCAAUCCCUUGGCAUCGCAACAGCUGCUGAUCUUCAUACACCAUUAGCUACAAGAUUGAAUGGCUAUGUAGCUGGAGCUGGCACUCUUGAUCAAUUUGAGCAAGAUCCUGUUUGUAAGCAACUCAACGAAAAACAAUAUGACUAUAUUAAAAAAUGUUUAGUUGAAAAUCAAGGUACAGGGCUUUACUGCUAACAAAUUUUCACAAAUUUUUGUCCAAUUUUAAACUUCUUGUAUUUCAAUAACAAUUGUUGAUGUUAAGAGAAUGUUUAAAAAGGCUGUGAAAUAUAGAAAACAGAAAUUUA